AUGGGGCGGGGCCUGUCCUCCCCACAGUCCUCGCCACUGUCCACAGUCCUCGCCACUGCCCACAGUCCUCCCCACUGCCCACAGUCCUCCCCACUGCCCACAGUCCUCCCCACUGCCCACGGUCCUCGCCACUCCCCACAGUCCUCCCCACUGCCCACGGUCCUCGCCACUCCCCACGGUCCUCACCACUGCCCACAGUCCUCGCCACUGCCCACGGUCCUCGCCACUCCCCACGGUCCUCGCCACUCCCCACGGUCCUCCCCACUGCCCACGGUCCUCGCCACUCCCCACGGUCCUCACCACUGCCCACAGUCCUCGCCACUCCCCACGGUCCUCGCCACUCCCCACAGUCCUCGCCACUCCCCACAGUCCUCGCCACUGCCCAAAGUCCUCGCCACUGCCCACGGUCCUCGCCACUCCCCACAGUCCUCGCCACUCCCCACAGUCCUCGCCACUGUCCACAGUCCUCGCCACUGUCCACGGUCCUCACCACUCCCCACGGUCCUCGCCACUCCCCACAGUCCUCGCCACUGUCCACAGUCCUCGCCACUGCCCACAGUCCUCACCACUCCCCACAGUCCUCGCCACUCCCCACAGUCCUCACCACUCCCCACAGUCCUCACCACUCCCCACAGUCCUCACCACUCCCCACAGUCCUCGCCACUCCCCACAGUCCUCGCCACUGCCCACAGUCCUCACCACUGCCCACAGUCCUCACCACUCCCCACAGUCCUCACCACUCCCCACAGUCCUCACCACUCCCCACAGUCCUCGCCACUCCCCACAGUCCUCACCACUCCCCACAGUCCUCACCACUGCCCACAGUCCUCACCACUGUCCACAGUCCUGGCCACUGUCCACAGUCCUGGCCACUGGCCACAGUCCUGGCCACUGGCCACAGUCCUCACCACUCCCCACAGUCCUCACCACUGUCCAUAG